UGGUGUGGUGAUCGCUCCGCCUACCAAUGGUAUUUGCAAAUGCAUAUGCAUUUGUGUUAGUACGAUCUUCUACACGAAUUUUUUUAUCAAAAAUAUGAGAAUACAUUGUAAAUCUUUCCGCAUCUGAUUUUUGCAUAAAAUCUGUACUGCGAUUGACCUAAUUACGUUAUGCACUUAACCUCUAUAAAUUGAACUCUAGCUAUCAAGCGACGUAAAACGUUAAUCGUACUGCUGAUAGCAUAGACCUAUUAUGUAAUUAAAUUUGUGAUCUUAAUAAAGCUUUGUUUCGAUCUAUCUACAUGCAUGCGCGCAUUUGUGUAUGUGUGUAUGUGUACAAAUACGUACAUUCGAUGCAAUAAAUAAAAAUAAUAUAUAUAUAUAUAUAUAUUAAUAUAUACAAAAAAUAUAUAUAUGAGAAAAAUAUUAGAAAUUACAUCUAAUCGUUUGAAUAAAUCAUGAAUAUAAUAGAUGAGAAUAAUUUAUUAAAUAUAUUAAAUACAAGUUUAGUGACUCGUAAUUGGGAUGAUAUAUAUGAUAAUCUUAAUCCGAAGUCUUUUGGCAUUAUUAAAUCCAGGCAAUUAUUUAAAGUCUUAGCAAAAAUUGCUGAGAUAAUUGUGAACAAGGAAAAUGAUAUACCUGAUAAGCUCAAAAUAAUACUGUUGAAAUGUUUGGGCAAUUCUUGUUUAAAUAUAUACACUCAUAUAGAUUAUGAUCCAGAUAAUAUAGAAUAUGGAAAAUAUUUUAAGAAAUUAUAUGCUAAUUUAGCAGAAGAUACACCAGAAUUUCGAUAUGAAUUACAAGAAGAAAAUCUGUGUUUUCCAUAUAAUGGUAUUGCAGAGUGGACCGUAGAUUAUAUUAUUUUAAAUUGUGAUAUUACAUUAUCCGAAGAACAAAUACAAGUGUUAAGGUUGUGUAUACAGUUUUUAUGUAAUCUUUUUACGUUCGCUUGCAAUAAUGGAAAUUCAUCGCAAUGUAAAAGCAUAAAGAAUUAUUUAAGUGGUACAACAUUCCAAAAUGCUAUUAUAAAAUUCAUAUGUUUUGAGGAUGUUUCAAUAGCCAGAGCAGCUUGUAUGUUCAUACAUAAUGCCUUGAAAAGAUUUGACCAAGAUUACUUUAUGUGGAAUGAUAAAAUCCAUGUAUGUUCUCAAUUGUUAAAGAAAGUUGAAGAUUUACAAUGUGCAAAGGAUGCAUUGCUAUGUUUGUUAAAUCAAGCAAAUGUAUUUAAAAGCGUUUACGAAGAUAUUUCAAUGGAAAAUAAGUUACAUUUACUUCAAAUAAUUUAUGAAGAAGCUCAAGAUGUAAUUUAUCGACAUGAAAAAAGUGACACAGGAUUUACUUUUUGUCAGAAGCUUAUCAAUUUUUUGUCAGAUCGCUUUUGCAAAAGAAGUGAUCUUAUAUUAAAAACAAAAGAUACGUAUUUAAAUAAUUUUGAGCCUAUGGAAGUAAUCAUUCUUCUUGACAUAUUAGGAGUGCUUACAUCAGAAGUUACGGAUGAACUUUACAUUAUUCAGAAUAAUAGAAGUCUUCUCAUAAAUUGCUGUUAUUUAUUGAAAUCUUUACAUAUGUGUGGUAAGGAAUCAGAGAAUUAUUUUACAUCUAUACAAAAAUUAAGUGACGUAGCACCGUCCACACAAAAAAUAGAAUACGACUUAGAAAACCAUCCUGCUUUUGGUUUUAAAGUAGGUUUGAUAAGAGUAAUUGGGAACAUGUCAUACAAGAAUAAAACAUGUCAAGAUCUUGUUCGUGAAACAGAUACUAUUCCUCUACUUUUUGAUUGUUGUAAUAUCGAUGCCCGAAAUCCAUUAAUAAUGCAGUGGAUUAUCUUAGCGAUUCGUAAUCUGUGUGAAGAAAAUCUGGAAAAUCAAGAAAUUAUUCGUAAUUCUACGAAAAUCGGUGUUAUGGAUAACGCUAUCUUAAAAGAAAUGGGAUUGACUCUGCAAGAAAACGAAAAUGGAAAAUCUAUCGGAAUCGUACCAUUAUCAUAAAAUAUAAAUCAAUAAAAUUUUAUUACCAUCAA